AUGUCUUCUGCUGCCCCCGCUGCCUGGAGACACGCUUCGCGCGUCUGUCAAAGGCGUCUGCCAGCCCGCAACCCCUGGACGGGCCCCCGUCACAUCCUCGCCACCGUCCAUGGCGCUCGCUCUUAUGUCACCGAAACCAAGCCCGGUCAAGCUCAGGUCAACGUCGAUGCUGCCAUCAAGGAGGAGCAAAAGUCCUUCAUGAAGCAGGCUGGCAUCGCCCCCCAAAAUGUCAACUUGCCCGGCACCACCACUUCUGCCGAUGCCGCCAUGAGCCCCUCCGCCGGAAUCCUCAAGCAGGCCUCCGUCAUGGACCAGGGCACCCGCCCCAUCUAUCUCGAUAUGCAAGCAACCACCCCGCUCGACCCCCGUGUUCUGGAUGCCAUGCUCCCCUACCUCACCGGUAUCUACGGAAACCCGCACUCGCGCACCCACGCCUACGGAUGGGAGUCGGAGAAGGCUGUCGAGGAGGCCCGCGAGCACCUCGCCAACCUGAUCGGUGCCGACCCGAAGGAGAUCAUCUUCACCAGUGGUGCGACGGAGAGUAACAACAUGAGCUUGAAGGGUGUGGCUCGCUUCUUUGGCCGUUCUGGCAAGAAGAAGCACAUCAUCACCACCCAGACUGAGCACAAGUGUGUGCUGGACAGCUGCCGACACUUGCAGGAUGAGGGCUUUGAUGUGACCUACCUCCCCGUGCAGAACAAUGGUCUGAUUCGCAUGGAGGAUCUGGAGGCGGCUAUGCGCCCCGAUACUGCCAUCGUCAGUAUCAUGGCCGUCAACAACGAGAUCGGUGUCAUCCAGCCCAUGGAGGAGAUUGGUCGUCUGUGCCGCUCCAAGAAGAUCUUCUUCCACACUGACGCCGCUCAGGCCGUUGGCAAGAUCCCCCCUGGAUUCACAAGAUCUACGGCCCUAAGGGUAUCGGUGCUUGCUUCGUUCGCCGUCGUCCUCGCGUUCGUCUCGACCCCCUCAUCACCGGUGGUGGUCAGGAGAGAGGUCUGCGCAGUGGAACUCUGGCCCCCCCACCUGAUUGUGGGUUUCGGAGAGGCAUGCCGACUCGCCGCGCAAGACAUGGAGUACGACACCAAGCACGUGGAGCGUCUGUCGAAGCGUCUGUCCGAGAAUCUGCUCUCCAUGGAGCACACUACCCUGAACGGUGACCCCAAGGCCCACUACCCCGGCUGUGUGAACAUCUCAUUUGCCUAUAUUGAGGGCGAGUCCCUCCUCAUGGCCCUGAAGGACAUUGCCCUGUCAUCGGGCAGUGCUUGUACCUCUGCGUCGCUCGAGCCCAGCUAUGUCCUGCGCGCCCUGGGCAGCAGCGAUGAGAGCGCUCACAGCAGUAUUCGUUUCGGUAUCGGUCGUUUCACCAGUGAUGCGGAGAUCGAUUACGUGCUCAAGGCCGUCACGGAGCGCGUGCAGUUCCUGCGUGAGCUGAGCCCGCUGUGGGAGUUGGUUCAGGAGGGCAUUGACCUGAACACGAUUGAGUGGAGCCAACACUGA